ACAUCUACACUGAUCAUCUGGGAACUAAUGAUCAGUGCCGCCCCAUCAGUGUCACCUGUCAGUGCCCGUCAGUGCCACCUAUCAGUGCCCAUCAGUGAUGCCUGUCCAUGUCCAUCAGUGCCCAUCAUUACAGCCUCAUUAGUGCACAUCACAGUGCCACAUAUCAGUGCCCAUCUAAGCUGCCUUUCAGUGUCACCCAUCAGUGCCACUUAACAGUGCCAUAUGAGUGCUGCCUUUCAGUGCCCAUCAGUGAUGCCCGUCAAUGCCCAUCAGUGUCCAUCAGUGCAGCCUCAUUAGCGUACAUCAGUGAAGGAGAAAAAUCACUUAUUUACAAAAUUUUAUAACAAAACUAUUAAAUUUUCAAUGGUUUUUGGUUUAAGAAAAAAUGCAGAGGUGAUU